GCGGUAGAUUAGUGUCAAAAUUAUGAGGUGUUUUUUCAGCAAGGGGGUUAUUCUACAGAGGGUGUCAAAAUUAUAUGGGGUGUCUUUUCAGCAAGGGGGUUAUUCUACAGAGGGUAUCAAAAUUAUAUGGGGUGUCUUUUCAGCAAGGGAUUAUUCUACAGAGGGUGUCAAAAUUAUAUGGGUGUCUUUUUAGCAAAGGGUUAUUCUACAGACAGUGUCAAAAUUCAGUGUAUGGGAUGUCUACUCUGUGUGUGUCAAAAUUAUAAUGGAUUGUCUUUCCAGCAAGGGGGGUUAUUCUACAGACUGUCAAAAUCAGUUAUAUGGGGUGUUUCAGCAAGGGGGUUGUUCUACAGGUGUCUUUUCAGCAAGGGGGGUUAUUCUACAGACAGUCAGGUGUAGAAUUAAGAGGGGUAUUUUUCCAACAAGGUCGUUGACUGUUAUUCUAGUGUCAAAAGCAUGAGGAGAGUUAGUUGGAGCGUGGCCCAACUUGAUGGAGGGUGUAUUUUUCAGCAAGGGUCUGCCAUGCAUUGCAUGCUAGCCUCGAUUCCAGGCCUUGAAUCGAGGCUAAUGCAUUGCUCAUUCAGCCUCUUCAAAGCGGCCUGGAUUCGAGGCUUUUAAAUUAUGGGAACUGAGUAAUUUUUGAGAGGGCGUGGUCUCAAUUACUUUAUUAAUGAUCAAGCAUGAGUUGUGACUGGAUUGUAGACAGCUUGGUAGCACUUAUCUCAGAUAUGAAGGAGGGAAGAGUAGUAACAAGAGAUAUAGUGGAUGGCUACAAGUGGAGAAUUGAACUUAUGUGCUCAGAUUUAAUGGCAAAGGAAGCUAUUUCUGGCGAAUUAUGUACUUCCGAGUGUAGUACUCUUGAUUUACUGAACAAGGCCUACAAGGAGAUGGAUACAUUGCUAAAUAAGUUGUUAAGUAAUGGAGGAGGUUCUAACGCACAAUUUCAAGCACCUUUGAUGUUGUCUGGUGUAGUUGGACGACCAGCGUAUGUUAUUCCUGAAGAGCAACUUCAAUGUUUAAUUGAAUCUCGUUUCACAGUUCCUCAAAUCAGCAAACUAUUAGGUGUAUCUGUAUCCACAGUUCGUCGACGUAUGUCAUCCCUAAAUCUUUCCAUCCGCUGUACAUAUUCACAAAUAUCAGACGAAGAGUUGGACAGUGUUGUUGGAGGUGUACAACAACAGUACCCAAACUGGGGUAACCGACAGAUGUACGGUUACCUUGUGUCACGUGGAAUCAGAGUGCAAAUGAAUCGAGUUCGGGAAUGUCAGAGAAGAAUUGACCCACAAGGAUGUGUCUUGAGAAGGCUGAGAAACUUAAGGAGACGAGUGUAUUCAGUUCAAGGUCCACAACAUCUUUGGCAUAUAGACGGGCACCACAAGCUAAUCAGGUGGAAGCUUGUGGUUCACGGUGCUAUUGAUGGGUACAGCAGAUUAAUUGUGUUUCUCAAAUGUGCUGACAACAACACUUCUGAAACUGUGCUGUCCAAUUUCACAGAUGCAGUUCAGUUGCAUGGAGUGCCUAGCAGAGUACGCAGCGAUAGAGGUGGCGAGAAUGUACUUGUACACGAGUACAUGGUGGCACAUCGUGGACCAAAUAGAGCAAGCUUUAUUGCAGGGCGAAGCGUACAUAACCAGCGUAUUGAACGGUUAUGGCGUGAUGUCUACAGUGCUUGCAUUGUUGGGUAUUACUGUUUAUUUUCACACAUGGAGGACAUAGGUAUCUUAGAUGUUGACAACUCUGUUCAUCUAUUCUGUUUGCAUUACGUAUUUCUUUCAAGAAUUAAUCAGAGUCUACAUGACUUCACAGCUGCUUGGAACAAUCAUCCUCUUUCAUCAGUCAGAAAUGCAAGCCCAAAGCAACUUUGGAUAAGUGGAUCACACCUCCAAGACAUUGAUGAACAGAUCCACAACAGCGACUACGGUAUUGAUUGGGAUGGACCUCUUCCUGUUGGCAGUAACGAGAGCUCAAUAGUUGUUGAUCCACCACAACAGCCUCUUUGCUCUAUGGAAUAUGAAGAAUUAUCUUCUGUUGUACACCCCCUUGCACAGAGUUAUGACCAUGGCAUGGAUUUCUAUAUGGACGCUGUUGAAUACACCUACAGUAAAAUUAACAGUUGCUAAGAUUUAAUAAUUAUGUCACUUCUGUUUCCAUAAAUAAUCUCAUGAAUAA